AAAAGCUGUUAGCUGCUCUCCUUCUUCCCCUUCCCGCAAAUUCAAGAAACAUGUUUUCCGGCGAAUAUUUGUCUUCAAAAAAGCAUCACCCGCUCGAUUUUUUGCAGCGAAUCGAAGACGAAUGGGGUAGUUACAUGCCGGAGACUAUAAAGGAACGAGUUUAUUUACUCAAAACAGAGUUCAAAUUCAUGGAUAUGUUUCUCAGUAUUCAGAGCUUCACUGAUAAACCAAACAUGUUAGCUGUCACUCAGAAAGUUCAUGCUCUGUUUCAAGAUUCCGCAUUUGAUGUAUCAAAAAUAUAUCAAAAUCUCAAUCGUCUUACUUCCCUGCUGCAGAACAAAAUUCGGGUGACUAAGAUGGAAAUCAGAGCUAAUUACUCCUUCUUCUCCGGAAUUUCGUUGCAACAACUUUUGGAAAAGAGUGGGGUUGAUAAUUCCAAGUUUGUAAUGAAAUUCAUCAAUGGUGUUGUAGAGAAUGUUAGCGAGUUAGCAGAGAUGGAUGAUCUCUGUUCUCGCGAAAUACAGGAGGUUUUAAAAGAGCUGAAGUUGUUGAAGAGUCUUGUAGGAUUUUUAUCAAACAGGUGGUAUGCAGAGCCUCAGAGCGUACGUACUUUCUUCGGUCAUGUUCUAUUUGUGGCUGGUUCUGCAGCAAUGGUUGUCUGGUUGUACAUUCCCAGCUAUGGCAAUAACAGAGAUCAGGAUUUGGUUCCUGGUGAGGUGAAUUUCUUGCUUUCUUAUCUCGUGCGGAUGAAGAUUAAGCCUGUUAAUCCGUGCAUCCGCAAAAUCUAUGUUGAUGUACUACAAGCUUUGAAAUGGACAAUGCAAUCAGAAUUGUCUCUGAAUAUCCAAAAUGUGUAUGUAGCUGAGAUUGAAGCUGGCUUCGUAGAGAUUCUCAUACACAACUUGGAGGAGAUACGGAGUAUUAGUACUCUCAGUCGGAUAGAGUUUUUGAAUCAUCAAAUGGCAACCCUUGUGGAGAUGCUCAAAUUCUUGAGAGCCAGUCUGAUCCAUUUGCCAAAAUUGGGUCUUGAAUUUCAUCUUAAAGAUAUUGAUACUAUCAGCAUUGAUGUGGGACUUCUCAUUUACUCGUUAUAUGAUAGCGAGGAGCAGGAGGAGGAAGUGAACCAAACACUAUUUCGUGAUUUGCCCAAAAGCAUUCAGCAUAUCAAGGAAGUGAUCUUCCUCGUGAGUCGAAAGGCAUUUCAAUCUAAUUUGCCUAGGGUCCAUGGACUAGGCUGUGUUGAUUUCCUUCUGAAUAACUUGAAGGAGUUCCAAGACCGUUAUUCAGAUUCACAGUAUUCUUUUGUUAAGAGCCAACUUCAAGUUAUUCAGAAGGAACUCGAGGGCUUACAACCUUUUCUCAAGGAUGUGGCGGAAGAGUGGUACAAUAAGCAUGAAAGGCUCCAACAUUGUGCUGCACUACUGAAUGGCAAAGCUUAUGAGGUGGAAUAUAUAGUUGAUUCUUUUAUUAGAAAAGGAGUUCCUGAAUGGUGUCUUGUUCGUUGGCUCUUCGACAUCAUAAAGGAAGUUAUACUUAUCAAGGAAGAGGUCACAAAGAUUCAGGAAAAGGAAUUUUUAAAGUUUGACUUUGUAUUACAUGAUACCUUGGAUAUCACCCCUGCUCAUAUAUCAUCAGAAUCGACUAACACUCCAAGGAUAACCGAUGAAGAAGUUGUCGGUUUUGAAGAUGUUAUGGAAAAACUAAGAGAACAACUAAUAAGAGGAACCAAACAGCUAGAUGUUAUCUCAGUUGUUGGAAUGCCUGGAUUAGGCAAGACAACUGUGGCCAACAAAUUAUAUUCUGACGAGCUAGUUGUCUCUCGAUUUGAUAUCCGUGCAAAAUGUUGUGUAUCCCAAGCAUAUUCGCGUAGGAGUGUGUUACUUUCCAUUCUACGUGAUGCCAUUGGUGAGUCUCCAACCCUUACUAAAUUGCCUACGGAUGUAUUAGCAGAUCAGCUUCGCAAAACUUUAUUGUGGAGAAGAUAUCUUAUCCUUGUUGAUGACAUAUGGGAAGCUAGUGUUUGGGAUGAUUUAAGAUGUUGUUUCCAUGAUUCCAAUAAUGGAAGUAGAAUUAUCCUAACAACACAACAUGCUGAUGUUGCUGAAAAUGCUAAAUCUGUUAGUGAUCCCCUUCAUCUUCGUAUUCUUAAUGAUGACGAGAGUUGGAAGCUACUAAAACAGAAAGUGUUUGGUGAAGAAAGCUGCUCCAUGCUCCUUUCAAAUGUUGGACAAGAAAUAGCAAACAAGUGUAGGGGGCUGCCUCUUUCAAUUGUUUUGGUGGCUGGUAUGCUAACAAAGAUGGAGAAGAGUGAAAAAUGCUGGAAACAAGUGGCUAUGAAUUUAUGUACUAACGUUCUCAGCAACUCGAAGGCCAUCAUAGAGCAAAGUUAUCAGAAUUUACCUUAUCAUCUAAAGCGUUGCUUUCUUUAUUUUGGAGUAUUUUUGGAGGACAAAGAAAUCAACAUUUCAAUCUUGACAUGGUUAUGGAUUUCAGAAGGAUUUAUAAAAAGUCGUGAUGACAAGAGUCUGGAGGAUAUAGCAGAAGGCUACUUGGAGAAUCUUAUUGGAAGAAAUCUAGUUAUGGUUGCUAAAUGGGGUUCCGGCGGUAAGGUCAAAACAUGCCGUAUUCAUGACCUGUUGCUUUAUUUCUGCAAGGAAAUAGCCAAGGAGAAGAAUCUUCUACUGUGGAUGAGACGGGACCAAAAUGUCAAUACGUCUUCCUCUAUUUACUCUCACAAGCAGCUUGUUCAACGUCGGAUGUCCAUCAAUUCUCAAGUGGUUGAUCUUGUGAAAUGGAGCUCACUUGUUGGCACUGUACGUUGCAGGGAAGAUAGAAACAAAGGUUCCUUUUCAAUUGUCCAAUUCUCUCACAUUUACUUCAGAUUUCUAAAAGUUUUGAAUUUGGAGCUCAUUGUAAUUGAUUCUUUCCCAACUGAGCUAGUUUACUUGAGGUAUUUUGCUGCACGAACUUCUCAGAAGUCAAUCACAUCGUCCAUAGUCAAUCUUCGAAACCUUGAAACUUUGAUAGUCAAACCGAUGGGAGGAAAAUUAAUAUUGCCACUUACACUUUUGAAGAUGGUUAAAUUGAGACAUCUGCAGAUAUAUAGCAAAGCUCAUUUUUCCACUUUAAAUGCUGCAGAAGAAUUGCUUGAGAACUCAAAAUUCGACAAUUUGAUAACUCUUUCCUCUCCAACUUUUUGUUGUGUGAGGGAUGCAGAGUUGAUGUUGAGAACACCUAACCUUCGAAAACUGAGAUGCUCAUUUGUUGGUUGGGGUUAUCCUUCUCAUGUAAUGAGCUCCCUAACACGGCUUGAGACACUCAGUAUUAAAAUGGAUUCUUGCGGAAGUUCUCCAUCCAACUUUCCACCAAAUCUCAAAAAAUUGACUUUGUCGAACUUUACCAUGCAUUGGCUGCAAUCAAGCAUUGCAAUGCUUCCAAACCUUCAGGUACUCAAGCUGGUAGCAGUAUUUUUCUCAAAGGCCGAAUGGGAAGUGACGAGUGACAAGUUCCAUCAACUCAAAGUUUUGAAAGUAGUUGAUUGUCCUUGUUUUAAAAAAUGGAAUGUCUCUGACAAUGCUUUUCCUUGCCUUGAACACUUGGUAUUGAGAAGAUGUCGACAUCUUGAGGCAAUCCCUUCUCGCUUUGGAGACAUCACAUCUCUAAUAUCCAUUGAGGUAAAGUCAUGCAAAGAAUCGCUUGUCGAGUCAGCCAUGGUCAUUAGGGAAUCACAAGUUGAAGAGAUGCAGAAUUAUGACUUCAAAGUCUUCAUCAACAAGUAGAAAUAUCUUGUCCCAUUCCUCAAACACUAUAUCGAGUUUGGUAUCAGAACGUGGUAAAAGACGUGAUGGAUGGUUAAAAUGCUGAAGCUUCUGACCAACCACAGCAGAGCAUGGAAGAAAUCAUGAAGAUCAUAAUGUGGCUGGGACUCCGAAGAAGUGUCAGAACAUCGAGAGUUCAAA